CCUCAGCCGCGCAAGCGCGUUGCUUCCACUUUCCCCCUACGCUCUGAGGUUGCACUUCCGGCGGGAGGCACCAUCCCCAUCCGGGGUCGGGGCCCCGCUCCCUUCCUGUUAUUGCCCGUGCGGGAGGCGGUUCUUUGGGAUUGGGGUGGUGGCUGUUCGUGCUGUUUCCGUUUGCGCUCGGGGGCACGGUCGCCAAGUUUAGGGGGUGCAGUGGUGGCUACAGUGUGGCUUAGGUGUUGCGAGUGCUGCGGAGUGGUGCCCGGCCCAGCCCUGCCCAGUGGGGCGGUGGCUGCGGGCCGGCUCGGAGGCGGAGAAGCCGUGCCUGUGAGGUUUAUGCCUAUGAAUCACUGCUUGAAAAACUUCCCGUACGAAGUUAUCUAAAGACUUAAAAAUGCCUCCACGGCCAUCAUCCGGUGAACUAUGGGGCAUCCACUUGAUGCCACCGAGGAUCCUUGUGGAGUGUCUUCUCCCAAAUGGAAUGAUAGUGACUCUAGAAUGCCUCCGUGAGGCCACCUUAUUAACUAUUAAACAUGAACUCUUUAAGGAAGCAAGAAAAUACCCUCUCUAUCAGCUCCUUCAAGAUGAAUCAUCUUAUAUUUUUGUAAGUGUUACACAAGAAGCAGAAAGAGAAGAAUUUUUUGAUGAAACACGGAGACUUUGUGACCUGCGACUGUUUCAGCCUUUUCUAAAAGUUAUUGAACCAGUAGGUAACAGAGAAGAAAAGAUUCUCAAUAGAGAAAUAGGUUUUGCUAUUGGAAUGCCUGUCUGUGAAUUUGACAUGGUUAAGGAUCCAGAAGUACAAGACUUCAGAAGAAAUAUUCUUAAUGUUUGUAAAGAAGCAGUGGAUCUUCGAGAUGCCAAUGCACCACAUAGUAGAGCAUUAUAUGUCUGUCCUCCAAAUGUAGAGUCUUCAUCUGAACUACCCAAACAUAUAUACAAUAAACUAGAUAAAGGGCAAAUUAUAGUGGUGAUAUGGGUAAUAGUCUCACCAAACAACGAUAAGCAGAAAUACACCUUAAAAAUCAAUCAUGACUGUGUGCCUGAGCAAGUUAUUGCUGAAGCAAUUAGGAAGAAAACACGAAGUAUGUUGCUGUCAUCAGAACAACUGAAACUUUGCGUCUUGGAAUACCAAGGCAAAUACAUUCUAAAGGUGUGUGGCUGUGAUGAAUACUUGCUAGAAAAAUAUCCACUGAGCCAGUAUAAGUAUAUAAGAAGCUGUAUAAUGCUUGGUCGCAUGCCCAAUCUGAUGCUGAUGGCUAAGGAAAGCCUAUAUACCCAGCUGCCACUGGACACAUUUACAAUGCCAUCUUAUUCCAGGCGUAUCUCUACAGCUACACCCUACAUGAAUGGAGAAGCUACAGCCAAAUCCCUCUGGACUAUAAACAGUGCUCUCAGAAUAAAAAUCCUCUGUGCAACCUAUGUAAAUGUGAACAUUAGAGACAUAGACAAGAUCUAUGUGAGAACAGGUAUCUACCAUGGAGGGGAACCUCUGUGUGACAAUGUGAAUACACAAAGGGUACCUUGUUCUAAUCCCAGGUGGAAUGAAUGGCUGUUGUAUGACAUGUACAUUCUUGAUCUUCCACGUGCUGCUCGUCUGUGCCUUUCUAUCUGUUCUGUUAAAGGCCGGAAGGGUGCGAAAGAGGAGCACUGUCCAUUGGCUUGGGGAAAUAUAAACAUGUUUGAUUACACAGACACUCUUGUAUCCGGGAAAAUGGCUUUGAAUCUUUGGGCAGUACCUCAUGGCCUGGAAGAUUUGUUAAAUCCUAUUGGUGUUACUGGAUCAAAUCCAAAUAAGGAAACUCCAUGUCUAGAGCUGGAAUUUGAUUGGUUUAGCAAUCCUGUGAAGUUUCCAGAUAUGACAGUGAUUGAAGAGCAUGCCAAUUGGACUAUAUCACGUGAACUGGGGUUUAACUACAGCUAUGCGGGGCUGAGUAACAGAAUAGCUAGAGAUAAUGAAUUAAGAGAAAGUGACAAGGAGCAACUUCGAGCUAUAUGUACACGAGACCCUUUGUCUGAAAUCACUGAGCAAGAGAAGGACUUCCUCUGGAGCCACAGACACUAUUGCGUGAAUACUCCAGAAAUUCUGCCCAAAUUACUUCUGUCUGUUAAAUGGAAUUCUAGAGAUGAAGUGGCUCAGAUGUACUGUUUGGUAAAAGAUUGGCCUCCAAUCAAGCCAGAGCAAGCAAUGGAGCUUUUGGACUGUAAUUAUCCAGAUCCAAUGGUGCGAGCUUUUGCAGUUCGGUGUCUAGAGAAGUACUUGACAGAUGACAAACUGUCUCAGUACUUAAUCCAGCUAGUACAGGUUCUAAAAUAUGAACAGUACUUGGAUAAUCAGCUUGUGAGAUUUUUACUCAAGAAGGCACUGACCAAUCAAAGGAUAGGACACUUCUUCUUCUGGCAUUUAAAGUCUGAAAUGCACAAUAAAACUGUAAGCCAGAGGUUUGGUUUACUUCUGGAGUCCUAUUGUCGGGCGUGUGGAAUGUACCUAAAACAUCUGAGCAGGCAGGUGGAGGCUAUGGAGAAAUUGAUUAACCUCACUGAUAUUCUCAAGCAGGAAAAAAAAGAUGAAACACAGAAGGUACAGAUGAAGUUUCUUGUUGAACAAAUGAGGCGGCCAGAUUUUAUGGAUGCUUUACAGGGUUUUAUCUCUCCUCUUAAUCCUGCGCAUCAACUGGGAAAUCUUCGGCUUGAGGAGUGCAGGAUAAUGUCAUCUGCAAAAAGGCCACUGUGGUUGAACUGGGAAAACCCAGAUAUUAUGUCUGAAUUGUUAUUUCAGAACAAUGAAAUAAUCUUUAAAAAUGGAGACGACUUGCGUCAGGACAUGCUGACACUUCAGAUAAUUAGAAUUAUGGAAAACAUCUGGCAAAAUCAGGGUCUGGAUCUUCGGAUGUUGCCUUAUGGUUGUCUGUCUAUUGGUGACUGUGUGGGACUCAUCGAGGUAGUCAGGAGUUCUCAUACCAUCAUGCAGAUUCAGUGUAAAGGAGGCUUGAAAGGAGCAUUGCAGUUCAACAGCCAUACAUUGCAUCAGUGGCUCAAGGACAAGAACAAAGGAGAAAUGUAUGAUGCAGCUAUUGACUUGUUUACACGUUCUUGUGCUGGCUACUGUGUUGCGACCUUUAUACUGGGCAUUGGUGAUCGCCACAAUAGUAACAUCAUGGUGAAAGAUGAUGGACAACUGUUUCACAUUGACUUUGGGCACUUCCUGGAUCACAAGAAGAAAAAAUUUGGUUAUAAAAGGGAGCGUGUGCCAUUUGUCUUAACACAGGACUUCUUAAUAGUGAUUAGCAAAGGAGCCCAAGAAUGCACUAAAACAAGGGAGUUUGAAAGGUUCCAGGAGAUGUGUUAUAAGGCUUAUCUAGCAAUUCGGCAGCAUGCCAAUCUCUUCAUAAAUCUUUUCUCCAUGAUGCUUGGCUCAGGAAUGCCAGAACUGCAGUCCUUUGACGAUAUUGCAUACAUUCGAAAGACCCUUGCAUUGGACAAAACCGAGCAGGAAGCUCUGGAGUACUUCAUGAAACAAAUGAAUGAUGCUCACCAUGGUGGCUGGACAACAAAAAUGGACUGGAUCUUUCACACAAUAAAACAACAUGCUUUGAACUGAAAUGAAAGCAAAGAAAACAAGAACUGAUAGCCCACUUUGUGGGUACUGCACUGUUAAUACCCAUUAGCAGCAAAGACUGGUUGCAUAGGAAUUGCACAAACCAUGAAGAACAUCUGAAUUUAUGGCAAGAAAAGAGAUGAACUGCUCAGACAACUGUUGAAAAAUAAUGUAAAACAGGGUUUCAGAUAGCACUAAAAUUGUACACUUCAAAAAUUAAGCUUUAGUAUGAUGUGUGACUUCAUGUUAUGCCUUAAGCCCAAAAAGGUAGACUUGGAAGAACGUUUCUUUUUUCCAUUUGAUAGGAUAAAUUAGAAGGAGAAACAAAAUAGUGCUAACAUGAACAAAGAGUCCAUCACAUAUUACCUUAGAUCUGGUACAACAGGUAGAGCCUAUGCUGGAUUGACAAGAGUGGAAAGAGAAUUCAAGUGGUAGCAAAUAUUUAAAAUCAGCAUAGGUUGAAGGAAAGGAGUCUUAAACUCAAAGAUCUAAAAACAAUAGUGAGAGGACAGUGCCUUUUAAAUGUGCUCAGAGGCAUUAACAGUUAUGGGGUUUUGAUGACCCUUUGAUUUCUGGGUCUGUCAUAUGCACAGUUUCUGAAAGCAGUAGGAAAUAGGCCCACUUGGUAUGGUGUUUCUUCUGCUCAGUAUUUCUAAAGGUGCAAUUCAUACCUUCACAAAGAAACUCCCUGUCAUCCCCCAAAACUGACUAACCUGGAAAUUGAAUGGUCAAAUUGGGUUUAGUGCAACAGAGAGUUGUAUUGUUCAUCUUAGGUUUGGUUUAAUCUAACUUGAACUGAAUAGAUUUUUUUCAUACAUGUUUUCCAGAACCUAAAGAAAGGUGAGUUAUUAAAAUUAUUGAAAGAUUAUUUUUUUAUAAAGGCUAUUUAUAUAACAGGAACUAUUAUUAAUAUAUAUUCUUUAUUUACAUGAUUUGUCCAAUAUUCACUCUUUUAAUUUUGCAGCCCAGUUCUAUCUGUCCAAGGCUCCCGUUUCCAUUAACGUCACUGAAGGUGACCAGAUAUACUCCUAGGACCAAAUUCAACCCUGGUGAAAGAGGACACAAGUACCGUUAAAGUAGUGGGACAUACACCCACUAAUGCCAGAGGUGAACUUGGCCUAAGUCUCUUCAAAAAUUUUUGGGCAUCACUCUUCACAUUACUGAAGUGAUAUGCUGGCUAUUCAAGGAAUGUACAUUUAAGCCCUCAGCCUUUGGGUCCACCAUUUCUCCUCUUUCUUCUUCCUUUGGAAGUGGUUGUUUAAUCCAGAUAACAUCAGUAACAGAUACAUCAGAAAGAGAAAUUUAGGUUUUUCAAUAUGAUCAGUAAUAAGCAGUUCAGCAUACAGCAGAUGCAUUGGCUAGCUCAAAGCAUGUGGAGUUACCAAACAUUUUAUAGCUUUGUCUGUUUUGUGUGUGUGUAAUAUAUAUUUGUAAAUGUAGUUGUUGUCCUCUAACACAAUACAAUGUGUGCAAUCAGUUAAUUUGGCAUCACUUUUUGAAACCGUUCAGAAGUACUGAGGAUUUCAGAUUGCCCUUAUGCACAGCUUUAGGUAGGAGUGUUUUUCUAUUUAUUAAACAGGUUUUUUAAUUAGCAAUGCCCACAAUUCUGAGGGUGAUGUUCACCCUAGUAUUUUAACUUGCUAGAUUUGCAGCACUUGGAGUGAAUUGCAAAGGUCUGGGGUUUUCGGGGGUUCAGCUACUUCACUGGCAAACGUGCACCAGGGCACCACUCAGAAAGUGCAAUACCCCAUGUGAUAUAAAAUAUGCUGACAGUUGGUAUUAGGUUAGAAUAUAAGUAUAUAAAUAAACUGUGCAGGCUGUACUGAUGAGGUAAUGAGUGGUUGGCUUGAUUUAGAAAAUUGUAAUAUAUUAAAAAUGUGCAAUCAAUUACAUUAUGAAAGGCUUCGGGGAUUGUAAAGCCAAGACUUUGGUCUUUCAAGACACUUUCAUAGUCAAGAUCCUGCAGUCAGUUACUGCACACACAGAUGCUUGAUGCUGUGGGGGGAAACCUGUUUUUGUGAAAACUACAGAAGUCCCAAGAAUAGUAUGGGGAAUGUGAAAUUGUAUUUCCUUAGUUCUGCUGAAUAUUUUGGAGAAUUCCAGUACUCUUUUUAUUGACUGUUACAUCAUCCUUUUUGUUCAUGUGAAUAUUUUAAUGCCUGCUAACCUUGGUCUUGCUUUCUAGAGCAAAAUUGCCUUUGUAUGUAUUACUUAGCAGUCAACACACUCUGAAGGUUCAGCUGUCUUAAAAUAUGGCUUGGAUUCAGUUUAAAUUUAGCUCACAAUCUGAAACCCUGUUAGCUAUAACUCUUAAUUUAACUGAGUGAAACUGUUGCACAAAUGCCACAUUAGGUGCUAUAUUAUCCUUAUUUAUCUGGUAUUGAAACAAUGCUUUACCUCAUUUAUCUAAGAGAUGGUCAGCCUUUUCCAGCCUGAAUGAAAAUAUCAAUUCAAAUUUAUUGGAUGUUAUGAGCCCAACUUCUUUUGUACUUUGUUCCUUCCUAGCCAUUUAUUUCUGUAAAUAUAAGUAUAGAUAUCUUUCAGUUCAAGCAGUGUUCUGCACCCUUUUUGCACAAACAGAAAAGUAUGAGGAAUUAGGCUCUAUUUCCAAAAUGUACUGCAACUAAAUGCCAUGCACACGCUGUAUAAGUUUUGAACAUCGAGCAGUAAAAGAAAGAUUUUAAUUAUUCCAAAUCAUACCAUCAUUAUAUAGACUUUAAAUUUAAAGGAAAGAAAAAGUAGAAGCUCAUGGGCUUUAAGCAGUUCUUACCAUAAUGAGGAAGGGCCUUUGAGAAGUGUUCUGCCAAUGUUUCAAAACAAAUUAAUAAAUCCUUUUAGCUUCAAAGUGUUUAAACCUAAUUACCUUAUCCUGUUGUGCCAGUCUUGUGCUGAUGUAACUUAACUGAAGUUAGUGGAGGUACUGUUAACUUACAUUGAUGUAAGUAAGAGGAUGGCAUCUUUUCUCAGUAUCAGAAACAAGAUCUGCUUAUAGACUGUAAAAACACCUUUGACUGAGCUUAAAUUUUUACAGAGAUGGCUUGGAAUUUUGAUUUUAUUUUUUAACUAUUUGCACUUCAUGGAGAUUCAGAAAUGUUCCCUUUGUUCUGGGAAUCAGAUGCACAAAACACUAAGUAGCUUAUUUUGAGCUUGAAUUGAAUCUGAACACCUUACUUCUGCAGAACUUUGUAGUAGGACUACAACAGCAAGGAGCCUUGGGCAUGUGUUUUAUUACAAAGCAUUAGAAAAUGGUGAUUUAGGGAAAUAAAAAUUUAAAAAUAGCAACUUUUUCAACUGUGAAACUACGUUUGAUUUAAUGACAGAACAGGCUGCUGAUAAUUGUUUUUCUUAAAAAUGCAUUCUUUACUUUCCUAAAAGUAGCAGAAGAAGCACCUGUACUGAUAUACACAUGCACACUUUUCCAUUCCAAAAGGGUGCAUUAGUAGUUUUUUAAUAAGCAAAAUGGAUUUGCAGGUUGUUGGUUUUUUUUAAUUAAAAGCAUUUAAAUAAAACCAAAAUUGUUAGUGGUUUGGCAUCUUGUGGAGAAGAUACAAGCCUGCGUAUUAAGGGUAACAUAAAGAUUACCAAGCUUGUAGAGAACUUUUUAUGUAAUGACCCUGCUGUUAGUGGGUUUGGAAGGAUGGUUUUGGUUUUUUCCAUCUUUCUUUUUUAUGUAAAAUACUAUGCUCUUCAGGUGGUCAGUAGCCCAUGGUUGUUGACAGUUUGAAGGUAUUUUCUUUGCUUUGUCAUUUUUAUAACUGGCAUGUUCUAACAUCUGUACUUCAGAAUAAUUGUGAAUUCCUCCUUUUCUGCAUGUCUGUACAGGUUGCAGACCUGGGCUGGGCCCAUUCAAAAACCAAGUAUCAGAAAAGCCACUUGAAAUUACUGUUUUGUUGAUGUCUUUGACAUCUUGAAAAUGCUUCAAGUUAGUGACAAUGGUGUGGUAUUACAGAAAGAAUUGUAACUUGCUGCUUCUAAGAUUUUUUUUUAAUUUUUUUUUUCUCAUUUUAGUUUUACUUGAAUGGAAGAAGAACCAGACUUGGUUUUGGUCGGGGGUUGUUUGGGGUUUUUUGUUUGGUUUUGUUUUUGUUGUUUGCUUUUUGUUUUUAAAUACUACACACUGUGGAUGUUGUGAAUUGAUGAAGCCCGAUUUAAAUUUGCAUUACAUAUUUCAUACAUAUAACAAAUUUGUAUCUUUUUUUCAUGCUGAAAGUUGUCUCAGUUUCAGUAGGGCUCUGUCUGUCCAAAAUGAUGUGCAGCUCACCAUCCCUGCUGUUGCUUGUGGGUGUUUUGGGUUGGUUUUUUGUUUUGUCUUGGUUUUUUACAUCUGUGUUAAUGAAGGGAAGCCAACUGGAAACUGAAAGUUCUCUAUCUGUAUACACUAGCCAAAUCUGUAGGUGCUCUGGUCUUUGAGGAAAUUCUGAUUUCACUUUAUGCUCAUAUAACACUGAUUUCAUCAGAAUCACUCUGGAUUCACAGUAGCAUAUGAAAUCAGAAUUAGACUAUAUGUAUAUUAAAGUACCAGAUAGUUUUUUCAUAUGAUGUAGUGUGAAGUGUUCUUGUAAUGAGAGGAAUGUUUGCUAGCAGCCCAGUUAAACAUCUGACAAUUUCAUUUUGAAGUAGUCUUUAUUAACUAGCCUUUUCAGCUCUCCAAUUCAUAACUACUGUUAUGUCUAGACUGUGAUGUCUAUAGUUACUUUGUUCCUGAGACUUUCAGGAUUUUUAUUGUUUGCUAGCUUAAAUGUUUCCUCUUCCUGCUCUUUCAUAGUAUAAAGACUUGUAGAACCCACACUCAGGAAAAAUAGUUGUUCUUAAUUAAUUGGCAGUACAGUAUUCUUGACUUCUGAACUUUAUGGGAUAGACUCUUGAAAGGAUGAGGUCUUGCUGUAUUAGCACUCCUGACUCGAAACCAGAGGUGGAUCUCUCCAUCCCUGUCUCUUCCCUCUCCAACACCCCUCUCCCAUAAAAAGGGAUAUGCCCAUAGCAUAUCCCUGUAAGAACAACAUAAAAUAUUUGUAAGAUAAGAUCAACUAAAGCAAUGGUCUGCCUGUACUUUGAAGCUGGUCCACAGUUGUUUUUAUAAAUGUGUCAUAAGUUUAAGUGUCCUUACAGUCACUUCUGUAUGUGAUGCCAUAUUCCUUUGGCAUAAGGAAGGCCAAAAAUAUGCUAUUCUAUCUUGAUUCUUUCUGAAAUUCUGGUGCCAGAACCCCAGUAGCCAUUAAACUGAUUUAGGAACCAUUUAGUUGAGUAUAACUGCAUAAAUUUUGUUAGGAACCUGUUCUAGUAAUAAAAUUAAUCACAGUUAAACCUGAUUUAAUUGUAUUGCUAAAGUUAUAGAAAGCCUAAUUUGGGCAGAAGCUGUUUCUCCUAAGAAUCUUGUCUAUUGUAGUUUAACCCUUGAGAGCCAAAACAAGGAUAUUCAUGGCUGCAAUCUCAUUUGGCUUUGUUUCUUUGGUUUAACUACUUUUAAACUAUUUCCAGGCUUUAGUAAUAGUGUUCUGUACUCUGAAUUAUCAACGGUCCUAGGCUGUCUGAAGUUGUCUUAAGGUUUCAUUUAGGGCAGGAGAAAGAAAAGGAAAAGAUGGAGAUGAAUCCUUCUCUUAUCUUGCAGGCACUGUGGUCCAAAUUCCUCAUCUUCUCUUGUAAAGAUAAAUCUGUAACUCAUGAUUUGGGAGUAUCAUCCCUUCCCGUUGCCCCCUUGGACCUCUGCAAGUUGUAACUGAAUAUUCACAUACUUUCUCCAACAGAAAAGUGGAUUUUGACAAGGAUUUAAAAUGUAUACGGCUGCAGGCUGAGGGCUGGGUUCUCAGGCUUGAACAUUUUAAAGUACAGUUACUGUAACUGGCACCACAACUGCAAGGAUUUCUAGAAUCACACAGAAUUGUUGAGGCUGGCAGAGACUUUUGGAGAUUGUUUAGUCUGGCCACCCAGUUUGGAACAAGGUCAUCAAGAGCAGGUUGCCCAGGACAUUGUCCAGUUGGGUUUAGAGUCUAUCCAAGAAAGAGUUUACAAUAAAAGCUUUUCCUUAAUGUUUAUAUAACAUUACUUCUAUUUCAUUGCCCGAUGUUCUUUCAAUGGACAGCACUGAAAAAAAGUCCUGCCUAUCUUUUCGCUGCUUUCCAUCAAGUAUUUAUAUAUAUUGACAAGGUGCCCUUUGAGCUUUCCCUAAGCUCAGGCUAAACAAUCCCAGCUCUGUCAGCCUCACCUCUGUCUUCACAGCCUUUUGCUGUUCCUUUACAUCCAUGUCUAGCUCAUUCUGGAGGGCCCAGCACUGGACCCAGCAACCCAGGUGUGGCCGCACCAGCACUUAUCAGAGGGGCAGGAUGAAGGCUACCCUACCUGCCUGGCAAUGCUCUUCCUGAGGCAGUCCAGGAUCCUGUUGGCAUUUUCAAUGAAUAGAGCCCAGGAGGGUGUAAUCUCUUAAUGCUUAUAUGUAACUUUGUGGAAGCUGGUAGCAGUUACAUGUCUGCAUCAAAAGCAGGGUACAAACACCCACUAGUGCUUUAAAUAUCCUUUAAAAUGAGACAACAGUCUUUGAAAUAACCACUACUGGGGGGGUGGGGAGGGGGGGUGUGUGUUGCCAUGUUUUUGUCAUUCUGUGAUAAAGGUCCUGUGGUAAAGUAGUUAGAAAGCAAGACAUUUUUAGUGGGCCAAAACAGUAUUUAAGAUGCAGCAAGAUGCAUGUGCUGUCAUACUGAGAAUAGUCUUGCAGUACUUAUGAAAAACAAAAACCCACAAUCCUUUUUUCCCCCUUCUGCUGUGCUACUCAAAUAACAAAAGUUUGGCCUAUGAUAAUUACUGUAGUUCAUGUUCAUGGGAAACUGUAAAAAGUCUGCUUUUUAUUUAUCUUCUCGGUCUGUAUCACAUGCUGUUUAUUAAAAAAACUACUUUGUUUUUUAUCACACUUUUGAGUGUUAAUGUAUAUACACUAACUAAAUUAAAAUAAUAUGGUU